AUGGAUGUGCGCACUCCGCCCGUUGCGGAAUUCUUCCUCGACCAUGAAUACGUUUCCCAUACCCUCAAGCACAUUCAGAUUCUGAAACACAUCGAGGUAUCCGACCGAGCCAAGCUCAAUCGCACAAGGCCUCAUCAAAGGCGUAACAACAUUAGGUCAAAGACCCGACAACGAUUCCAGGAUCUCAAGCAAAAGCUGGCCAAGAUCACAGCAAAACUAGACCAGCUCGAGCAAGCUCUGCAGCAGUACUUGAAGGACUUUGUAACAUACCGUCAUGGAAUUGUCUUGGAACUACUAGAAACAAAGUUUGCCCGAGAGCUUCGGGAUGAGAUUUACGGCUAUAUGAUCGGCGAUCAAAUGGCGAUCAGUAUCAAUCAUCAUGACCUGGUGGCGUCUGCCUCGCCAGCAUUCGAGAUUCCCGGUCACACGAGCGCAAGUCGUUCCAAGCACUUCCAGACGUCGCUCGAACGCAAUGGCUACGGCCACUUACUCGAAGCGAGGGCAAUACUCAGGGACACGAUGCUGGAGCUAGCUCACGUAUGGUACAGGCUCUCCACGUUUCGCUUCAUGCAAGCCUCCCACGUCAAUUUGUUUCUUGAGACCGACUUUCAUGGCUUCGGCCUCGAUACGCAGAAGCUGAUCCGGAGUAUCGAGGGUAAACUGUUCACCCCUGUCAACUCGUCUGGAGAUUGCAUCAAACUAGCUAAAGACUUGGCCGAACUUCACACUCUCAAGACUGGUGCCAACAUCUUGUUGAGCUUCCAGGCUUUGCCGACAGUGAUGAGGGAAGUAGCAGAUUCCAGCGCAGCAGUUCCGCCUCGUGAUCUCGCACUCCUAUUCCCGAGCAUCCAGAAGCUGGUUACAGCCGAAUACCGUGUCACGGUGAAGCUGGGCUACAUCCUGAAAUUCAAGGUUGUGAGCGAGGAGCUGACGGAAAAGUGUUGGAAGGAGAAAAUUGAGAAGCAUUACACAUCAGAAACCGAAGACUUCGCCGAUGCCCAUAUCGAACAUUACGCGCAGCAGUCCUGUCGGGCAUUGUGUACCGCCAUGCAACAUAAGCUUCCCCGCGAGCUCCGGGACAUGAUAUACGACCACAUCCUCUCACCUGCUCGAGAUGAACCGGUUUUCAUCAACAACGAUUACUUCGAUGACGUCGACGAGCCAUACCGGGAUAUUAUUGCGGGUUUCGCCGAGGAACGCGGAUACGGAUACGCGCAUAUAUGUAGUGAGGAGUUUGUUGAUCUGGACACUAUGAGCGAGUUUGCACGUCGCUGGUAUUAUCAUACUAAAUUGUGGCUGUUCCUCACACCUGCGGAGGUCGCCGAGUUCUUCGAAACUGACAUCUGGGGUCUCGGUCUGGAAAGCGAUCGUCUAUUGCGCCAUCUCGAAGUCGAAGUGUGCGAAAAAGAAGACGAAGACAACGUCACUCCGCUCCAGCAGUGUCUCUUCAAGCUCGCGCCUGGCGCAUCGAUCGUUUUCCACCUGCGAGUAGAUUACAUUUAUGGCCCAGGUGAGUACACGUAUGACGAGGAAUUCACCAUGUGCCUGCUCUCGGAACGCAUAAGCGCGCUAUUUCCUCUGAUGCUGCAGCUGAUCGAGGCUGGCUAUGAGUUGUACGGGGCGCUCGAUGGGUAUGAAGACUUUCGCGUCACUCCCGCCACUUUGGACCGAGAAAUUUGGAAAGACACGCUGAUGGCGCAUUGCGAAGGCCGUGAUUGUGGGUAG